CAACACUCCAAAACACGGCGCGCGUUUUAUAUACAAAAGAAAUAACAAACAAUUACAUUAACACAAAACAACAAGAUACAAACCGAUGUCAAUAGACAUGCUUAAAAGCAAGGGAAAACGAAGUCCAUCAUCACAAAUCGUAUUGCCACUGUUGCUGUUGUACCGAAGUAAACCUGAAUCUGAAUUAUGUCUCGCCGUCAACGACGAACUCCGAAGGAAGCCCUUGUGUACUUCAACUUUGACGAGAGCACCUCAAUAGUAAAGACACAGAAACUACAUGGUGAAGUUGUUGUAAAUGGCCUAGUUACUAUAAUAUGUGAUAGAAAGAAGUUGGAGUGCCUGAUUUUGGGUUUAUCUGACGAUAAUGCCGAGUUGGUCGCACUAGAUGAGAAGUUUUGGGAGAAGGGCGGAUUUGAAUCGGAAAAUGUUGAUGAUAGGCCACAGGACUGUGACACUGCGGUGGACGAUACUGAUGACUUGCCGAACACUGUCGUUGAUGCGCAUGAUCAGGGCAUUGUAAAUGAUGCUACUCAUCCCUUGGUGAACACUAUCAACGAGAAUGAUGAGCCGAACACUGUCGACGAGACGCAGGACCUGGUUGUCGCUAAUGAUCGACCUACACGUGACUUGAUGGUAGAGGAUGUUGAAACAGCUAACACAUCAGCAGUUGAAUCGAAGCUGGAUGAUCAGUCUAUUGGCAAUGAUAGCAUUCAGGAAUUCUUGGAUACAAUUGGUCCUCUUUUAACAACAGAGACAGCAAACAACUGUGCCACUCCUUUUAUAGCGACCUGCAGAUGCGUCGAUAUUUUGCCACGACUAGACAAGCUGGAAAGCAUGAUGGAGAAGAUUUUAAAUAAGCUAGGCAACUCAGAUGAUCUCUUAAACCAGCCAAAGAAAAGAAGGCUCCAAGAACAACCCGAGCGUCCGUUUGUGCUGCCAGAACCAGUAGUCGGGGAAGCGCAAGGAGAUGUUGUUAUGAUCGGCGGAGUGCACCCAGUGAGUAAGGGGGAAUAUCGCCGAGCCGUUGCCCAGAGCUCGAACGCGACGUCCUUAACCAGAAAUUUGAUGGAGAUGAUGUUUACGUCCCAGGAGAUGGCC